AUGGUUCAAUUGAACUUUUCAUCAAAACAAACAAAAGAAGGCAAUGAAAAGGCCAAAAUAAAUAGAUUUAGAAUAUGAUGAAAAAGAAGACCAUCUCAUUUUUAAAAUCUUAGCUCUCACAAAUCACAUCAGUAUUUCCGAAACGCGCCAUUACAAGUUAACAAUUUUCCCUCUAAACUUCCCAAAUCUCAAAACCAUCAACAACCUUUUUUUACACCAUUCCCAUUUCCCAAUUUAUUCAAUAUCAUUUCCAAUUUUCCAUCAAAGACAGGCUAAUUCAAUUCUCGCUAUCCCUCCCCUCAAUCAUCUACCCUAUACUAUUAUUUUUGAAUUUGUAUAGAAAAAAUGACAAUAUGGUCAGGAAAAAGCUCAACAAAGAAAAUCCAAGUAACAGUGAAGGGAUUAAAGCUUGAAGGAUUAGAAUAUGAAGGGCAAGAAAAAGUGAAAAUGGCAAUUGAAGUUAAAUGGGAAGGAGGUUCGAAAUCUGGGUUUUCAUCAUUUUAUAAGAAAUCUCAAAGUUUAAUUACUAAUGAGAUUGAGAUUCAUAAAUUGGGUGGACUCAUUGAAUGGAACAAUGAGUUUGAUAAUAUUUGUAGUUUUUCAAUCAAUAAUUAUAAAAACCCCAAUUCAUUUGCUCCUUGGAUUGUUUCAUUCCAUAUACUUUAUGGGAAGAGCGAAGAAUUGUCAUCAUCAACAUCAACUUCAUCAUCAUCAAGUUGUAAAUUGCAAGUAAUAGGGAAGACAAAGCUAAAUUUAGGAGAAUUAGCUUCAAAAAUGGAUGCACAAAUUGUGCAAAAACUACCUAUCUCUUUAGAGGUAGAUGGAUUCACUACAAAUCUCUCUCUUCAAGUAGUUGUUAGUUUCGUUGAAAUUCGGAAUAAUACUUCCCACUCGCGCACACUAUCUCAUGACUCGUUAAAAAUCGUUCCGAACCCAAGUGACUCAGUGAGUGUGCUAAGGAGAUCCACUAGUCAAGUUAUAGGACAAGAGAAACCCAAGAAAAACAAGACUCGGUUAUUUGGGAAGCAGUUGAGUUUAAGGAAAUUUAGUGAGUCAUCAACUACAUUUAACUCGGAGAGUGAAUAUGUAGUUGUAGCAUCAAGUAGCAAAAAUGGCGAGUCCAACUCAAUAACCGAGUCAAAAAGCUCAACCAGCUCGGAAACUCAGUUGGAUUUGGUUAAAAAAGGUGGAUUUUGGAAAUGGAAGAGAAGAAAAUCCAUGAAGAAAGUAGACAAGGUUGAAUCUAACAUGGAAGCAAAGAAGUCCAAUAAUCGUAGUAGUUGGGAGACAAGAGAAUUGGUCAGCAGAGAUGGGAAAACAAAGCUCAAGGCUAGUAUGUUCUUUGCCUCAUUCGACCAGCGCAGCGAGAAGGCUGCAGGGCAGAGUGCGUGUGCAGCAAUCGUAGCAGUCAUCGCACAUUGGCUUCAACUCUAUCCGGACAUGAUAUUCACCGCGUCUGAGUUUGAUCGUCUCAUAACCGAGGGCUCCUCAGAGUGGAGAAAACUAUGCACCAAUCAGUCAGACAACAUAGAAUUUCACCCUGAUCAACAUUUUGAUCUCGAAACCAUCCUAAGAGCUGAACUUCGCCCCUUAGCAGUCCUCCCAAACAAUGCUAGAAUCGGGUUUUUCCACCCUAAUGAGUUUGAUCACCUAAAAGAUGCGACCUCGUUCGAUGAAAUUUGGAACGAAAUCAACACAAAUGUAAAUGAGUUCGAGCCAAGAGUAUACAUUGUAAGAUGGAAUGAGCAUUUCUUUAUAUUGAAAGUGGAAGAUAACGCAAACUACAUAAUCGAUUCCCUAGGAGAACGACUCUAUGAAGGGUGCAACCAAGCAUACGUGCUAAAAUUUGACAAUUCUAGUAUGAUUUACGAGAAGGUGGAGGAGGCGAAAGUGGAAGGUAAGGCGGAGAAAUGCGAAGAUAAGAUGAUAUGUCGAGGAAAAGAGUGUUGUAGGGAGUACAUGAAAAGGUUUUUAGCAGCAAUUCCAUUAAGAGAGCUAAAAGAAGAUAAGGCUAAAGGGAAAAGUAUAGAUGCUAUUUUGUUGUGUAAAAGGUUGCAAAUUGAUUUUCAUCUUAGCUCACAUUCAUCCAGUGCUAAUACUUCUAUUACAGCUUCUCCUGAUCCUGAAUCACACUACACUAUUGGUGAUAAUGAUGAAUUUGCACAAAUUUAGAUUAGUUUGCGAUUUUGUAUAGAUUUUUUAUUAAAUGAUUGGUCAGAAUUUUAGGCUAUGAUUACAAAAAAUAAUGUUUUUUAUCUAUAUAAUUCGAAAAGUUUAAUAUUGAUACUCUUAUCGUCUUAAAUUAUGUUACAUUGAUUGUAAAGCAAAGAAUUGAGAAGAUUUCAUGAGAA